UAUUGGUCUGGCUCCGAGUUCGAUUUUAUGUUUAAUCUCCAUUUACCAGGCUGCGACCCUCGCUUGUUUGGCUUGAUGCAAAUCAUUGCCACUCUCCGCCGAUCAGUGGUUAAAAUGGUGCAUAGGAAAGCUACUGGCGAUUACCAAGGUUAUUAAUAAUAAUGUCUGAGCAUUCCUUUCUCUGUGUCUGCAAAACGAUGUUCGGAGCCCAGAUCUAUUAAUAGUUUUUACCAUUUCCUCUGACUGAAUACUGACCAGGACUUGUAAAGAAUUUCGUAAACACACUGCCCGACUCCCAUUCUGGGUGCCAAUACCGGUAUUUUGCGGAUCAGGUUUUGUGCCUAGUAUACAGCCUAUACUGCUAGAAGUUCGGUUAUGUAGAGUGGAGUCUUGUUAAGAUCGUCUGUAAUGUGUUUACAUGGCCAACAAGGAAACACUAGGUCCGUGUAGAUAAACUGAUCGAUAACUGGGCAGAUUCGUUCUCGUGGCCCCGCUGGCCAACUGUUUGGUACGAUCGCUCCAGUGUCGUCUGCUUCCCAGAACCGAGAAACAUGGGCUGGUUGUCUGCGGCGUGCUAUGUCGUCUGUUUUGUCCAGGUUUUGGCGGGCCUGGAUGUGACCAUCUUCCCCAAAGUGAACCCGGUGUGGGUCCUAGAGGGAACGCCCAUCUCUCUUACCUGUCAAGUGAAGGCAGACAAGGAUGUGAUGCCAAAGUGGUUCAAACACUACAUUCCUCUCAACGACUAUGGCUUUGAAAUUUCCCGCUCAGUUAACACUGACCCAGUUACUGGAAUCGUAGAAUCGAACGUGACCGCCACGAGAAUGGAUGCGCAGAUAGAUGCGUAUGGAGUCUAUCUGUGUCAGGCUAACGUCAAGGAGAAGAUGAAGAAUGUUCACGUAUUCUCUGUAUUCUUACAAAAUUCAAACAUCACCGUCGGCGAGGACGUGACCAUCAUCUGCGACCCGCAGCUGUCGUUGGAGCAGUUAAACGUGAAAUGGAGCAAGGGCGGCCGCCCUGUCCGUGAGAUCCCCGGAUUGAAAGAGAGGCUAAAGCUUUCUCAAAACAACUACACGCUCACUAUAAAGAAUGCUAUGGCGAACGACUCCGGAGAAUAUCAAUGUAACAUCGUCUUCCUAGCCGGAACUCAGUCAGAGCAGUCGUUUCCUCAAACUGUCAAGAUGUUCGGAAAACCGUUCUUUUCUGAUCGCAACAUUUCUAAACCAGAAAUCGAAGUUACGAAGAACGCGACAGUAAAUAUUUAUUGCCCAGUCCAUGGAUACCCGACCCCUGACGUAACGUGGCUUAAGGGGGACGACAUCUUGGAACCGAACGACAAGAUCAUUAUAAAUGACCACAAGGGGGAGCUGACCUCGUCACACCUACAGAUUAUCGACGCCCAGGAGGAUGAUAUCGGUCACUACAUGUGCAACGCGGAAAAUUCUCUGGGAAGAACAUUCAAGAAAUUUCAAAUUAAAAUGGACGGAAUUAGUGGAGCAUCACGUGUCUCGUACAUUCUCGGUCACGUGAUUGUGUUCUCGGUGACAAUGUUUCUCUGCUUCCUGUAAGAUUUGGCAAUUGUGUAAUUAAAAAACUCCCCCUCCCCCCCACUCCCCCCGCCAACAAAAAAAAAGAAGAAAAAAGAAAAAAAAAGGAAAUCGUGUUCAAAUACUGGAACAUCAGGUUGACAUACUUUAAUCACAGAACGCUAAUGUGAAGGAUCGUGCGUUGAAAAGAAUCUAUCAGUUAAAACACACCCAACAGCGAAAAGUAUUGUUUGGGUUGUAGUCGAGAUGUACGAUCAAUACUCGAAUAAUGGAGAUUAUUGAAAGAUGUUUGGUUUUAAUGGAUUACUGUUAUUUCUGGUCCUCGUGAGCUGAUGCAUGGGAGUGUUCAGGUGCGCUCCUCGUGGCCGAACUUUGAACUGCAUCAAUAUCCCAAUACCCCUUGUUUGUCUGUUGAAUAUAAUGACCCUUCUCCCCACCAUUUUUAUUUUUUCCACGGUGAAGUAUAUAAUAUAUGGGUAGACGGAAAGUUUCUGGGGAUGAUCGUUAAUGUAAUUCGGCAUACUAUAGAUGCCCUUUUUAGUAACACCCAAUCCCUAGAAAAACCCUACACCCAUCUCUGGUACUGUAUUGCUAUGGUGAGAAUGUUCAAAUAGGAUCCUGCUCGAGCGUGUUAUCGCGUGAAGGAUCUUUCAAGGCAAUUUUCCACAGAUUUUAUCGUCGAAAACAAUGUGCUCAGAACAAGAAGGAAAAGGGCAAAAAAUGCAUUGUUCGAGUUGGCUGUUUGACUACAGUAAUGAUUGACAUUUCACGAUGAAUUGGCAAAAGCACUCAUUUUACCAUUUCAUGGAGGUGUCUAGUUUAUGAUAAAUACACUUCCAGGAGGAAAUGCGCUGACAUUUUCGUUACAGUAUUUUAGCUACAUUUUAAAUGACUUGAUAGACGUCUGAAAAUUUCGAAAGCGAGUUAGACAUGUUACUAUUAUUUGUGUAAAUAAUGUAUAAUAUGUUACUUAAUAUUUAUUUGAACUAUGUAAGAAAACGAAAACUAAUUGCUAGGAUUGCUAGGCAAUGAAAAGACUUAAAAAGUAAAUAAUGAACGGGUGUGACCGUGUUUUUAGAAAACCGUAUAGCCAUGUUAGACAUCUUGUUUCUGAACCUUAAUUAAAGUUAAAGUUUUUUUUUAGUUGAACGACGCCAUUGAGCACAUUGGUUUGUUAAUCAUCGGCUACUGGAUGUCAAAACAUUUGGUAAUUUUUACAUACCAGUAUAGUCUUAAAGCCAUUUUUUCCAAUAGUAGUAAGGGAUCUUUUAUAAGCACCAUCCCACAGACAGGAUAACACAUACCACGGCUUUUGAUAUACCAGUCAUGGUGCACUAGCUGGAACGAGAAAUAGCCCAAUAGGCUCACCAACGGGUGUGGAUCCCACACCGACCGCACAUCAAUCAAACGCUUUACCAUAGGGCUAUGCCCUCCCCCCCCCCCCCCCCCCCCCGAGGCUUGAUUAAACUACGACUAUACCAUAUUAAAUUAACGGUUUCCGAUUAUUAUUAUUAUUAUUAUUAUUAUUAUUAUUGUUAUUGUUAUUAUUUUAGGAGGCGAUUUAUAACAACUAGCGUAGCUAGGAUUUUGUAAAUGGGGAGGGCCGACAUUGGUGGGCCGACAGGAAAAUAUAUACGUGGUGGGGAAAAAGAGGUAUGACAUGGCGGGGGUGAGAGGUCCUUGGCCACCCAUUUGACUACGCUAGUGUUUAUAAUGGUGAGCAGAAGGGGCGUAGGCUGGGGCGGGCUUCGGACGAACACCCCCCCCCCCCCCCCAACCCCCGCUGAGGCUAAAACAUUUUUUGCAUUGCAGUAUUAGAUUAUUCAUAUAGGUGUCCAUGGAAAAUGUCAAGAGUCAUAGUCGAACACCCACCGGGUCCAGUCAACGCUACGCCCCUGAGCAGCAUUAAGCCUUAUUGUUGUCAGUGAUGACCUUUAACUGACAUUCGAUUUGCCACACGAGAGCCGUUUCCACUUCAUCACUCUCACGCUGUAUCGACCACCGGAUAUUGCGACUGGGUGAAGGCAGAGGCGAUCACACGUGAACUCGUACACUAUUCUAUAUGUAAACAUCGUCUCCUAACAGCCGUCACAGAGAGAAUGAAUGUUUGUUUAACGACACCUCAGCACAAUUUUAUUUACUGGCAAUAUUAUUAUUCAUGGAUGUGACUGACGUUUUGGCAGUAAACGUGACAUCAGGGCCCCGUUUCACGAAGUGAUCUUAGCCCUAAGAUCACCGUAACUGCACAGAUAUUAUAUGCACUUAAGGUGAUCUUAGUGCUAAGAUCGCUUUGUGGAACGGGGCCCAGUUACCAUCGCUUUACCAAAAUGGGUAUUGAAAUUGAAAAUGAUACUCAGUGUAACAUUGUUAAGACAUUUUCUCGUUUAGUUUUUUCAUAUUAUAAAUCCAUGACAUUUUAAGUAACAUUUUACAUCUAUACGGCUAGAUAUUUGGCAAUAAAUGUCAAAUACAUAUUGUAGUUAAAACUCAGCAUGUUACUAUUAAUACUCUUCUUUUUUUAAAUGUAGCUUUCUGUCAUUACAAAUGCAUGACAUUUUAUGUUCUAUUUUACACCUAUUUAAGAGAGCACCCAAACAUGACGUCAUUUAUUAUUAUUAUUAUUAUUAUUAUGAUUAAACACAUAGGGAGAUGAUUUAUAUUGUACUUAUAUUUGUAUUGGUAGAAAUACAUUUAGCUGGGCGGAAGUGGUAGAAAACCACCAAAAGGCAAAUUUAGUACAUAUAAAUAUUUAUGUCUGUUUUACAAUUUUAACAAUUCAGUGAUUGAAACCGACUACAAAAGUGCGGUUAUUCAAAACAUCCACCCCACAACGGAUAGAACUAACUGCACGAUGCCACGUUUAUUUCAGGAAACGUCAAUAAAGUAUUAAAUGAUGUUUGUUAUUCUCGUGUACUGAAUCAUGUCACAUGUCUUAUUUAUCGUAUGCAUAUUAUAUUUAGUUAUUACAUACGUGUCAUUUCUAAAGCUUUAAACGGUUACAUUACACUUAUUGUCUUCGACACUAAUUAGAUGGAUGUAUUUCCCUAGAAAGCUUUGAAAAUAAUUUCGAGAGGUAACCGAUUUUUACAUAAUGUAAAUGUUUGCUUCUAUUUAUGCUUACUGUCUUUAAUAUCAAUUUUGUAUAUGCGAUUGUACAUGUAUAUAGUCUCGUAUAGAGAGAUUGUGUGUAUGUGCGUGCAUGUAUAUGUGUGUGUGCGUGCGUGUGUGUCAGAGAGAGAGAGAGAGAGAGAGAGAGAGAGAGAGAGAGAGAGAGAGAGAGAGAGAGAGAGAGAGAGAGAGCUAUUUAAUGUUAACAAAAAUGGCAUUGUAUAAAUAAAGAUACAGUAUUGUAUACAUGUAUAUUAUUUGGAAUGUUUAUUACAGUAGUCGAUUUCUCAUUUUAAAUUGGGGUUUGUUUUGAUAGCAGUGUUAUGAAUAUGUAUCUAUCAAAUUAAAGUUGUAAUGUUUAACAUAUGCAUAUUUAAACAUAAAAUUUUAGAAUAGA